UAUACUGAACUACACGGAUCGCAAACCGGAAGUGCCGCAUGAAAUUUCAGUUGUGAAGAUUUAUAUAGGGAGCGCUGAAAUUAGAGGACCAUCAUGUCCUCUGACCUGCUGGUGGACCUUCACGAUGAUCUGGGAGGAGAUGACUCUCCUAGCGCUGCCCUGGACCAGCUCAAACUGGUACAGGACAAACAGUGGCCACCAGAUGACCCUUUUAGCCUGAGCAAAUCCGCGUCAGAUAUUAAAAGCCUUGGCGGCACAUCACAUCUGCCCUGGGAUGACCCCUUCUAUGACAUUGCCAGACAUCAGAUUGUGGAGGUUGCAGGUGAUGAUAACUUUGGUCGGAAGGUCAUUGUUUUUAAUGCUUGCCGCAUGCCUCCCCAACAUCAACUGGAUCAUCAUAAACUUCUCAUGUAUUUGAAGCAGACUCUUGAUAAGUAUGUGGAGAGUGAUUAUACCCUCAUCUACUUCCAUCAUGGUCUGACCAGCGAGAACAAGCCCUCUCUAAGCUGGCUUCGGGAUGCCUAUCGAGAGUUCCACAGGAAGUAUAAGAAAAAUAUCAAGGCACUGUACAUAGUCCAUCCCACCAUGCUUAUCAGAACCAUCCUUAUUCUCUUCAAACCCCUUAUCAGCUUUAAGUUCGGCCGUAAGUUAAACUACAUAAAUUAUUUGAGUGAGCUGGAGGAGAUUGUGAAGUGUGAUCAGCUGGUGAUCCCCAACAGAGUCCGAGAGUAUGAUGAUAAGAUCCGUCUGUCCCUGAAGCCGUCUGUCGUCCCUGGACCGAUCUCUCCCCCUCGUAGUCCUCUUCCGUUCCAGCAGUUUGGGGUUCCACUGUCAGUAUGGAGACACAGGGCGGCAGACUCAGAGGGAAUUCCACUAGUCAUGCGUGAUACUAUUGGAUUCCUGCAAGAGAAUGGUCUUAAGACAGAGGGAAUAUUCCGGCGUUCUGCUAAUGUUUCUUUGGUUAAGGAUGUUAAGCUGAAAUAUAACUCAGGAGAGGAAGUGAGUUUCUCUCAGCUGGACGAUGUCCACUUGGCAGCUGUGAUCUUAAAGAUGUUCCUCAGAGAACUUCCAGAGCCGCUGCUUACCUAUCAGCUCUACAACGACAUUGUCAACUUCCACAAUGUUGACACAGAGUCUCAGGCAGAAAGGAUUCGGAACAUGCUGAUGUCACUUCCUGAGGAGAACUAUGCAUCACUGCGCUUCCUUAUACAGUUUCUUGCUCAGGUGUCUGCUGAGAGUGAAGUCAAUAAGAUGACCAAUGCCAACCUGGCUGUGGUGUUUGGGCUCAACUUGCUGUGGGGGCAGGAUGCUUCCAUGACACUCAGCGCGAUCGGACCAAUCAACAACUUCACCCGCAUCCUGCUCGACCUACAUCAGAAGGUCUUUAUCCAGUGAGGAGCAGGAGAACUUUUCACAAUGACUCCUCUCUGGUUAUUGUCCCACCUAGUUCCAUAGCUUUGCUCCUCUGUGGCUGUGCCCCGUCCUUAAUGUCUCCCUCAGUAUUGCCAAAUGCAUGAGUAUUUUAACUGGGUGAAGCUA